AUGUCUUCCGAAUCCUCAUCCAACUCCGAGGCGGCCGUCCUCCCUGAACACCGCCGGGAGGAAACUUCAACUGAUAUCUCGAGUUCGGGAUCUACCGAACACUCUUCGAACGCCUCUCUGGUUCGGAAGAAUUCUCGGGUCGUCGAAGUCGGGUCCAGUAGUCGUGUUCCGAUUCGGUCUCCGGAGCAGAUGGAUCAGAACGUCCACGAGCCCGAGAGUCAAGUCCCUGCCGACUUAGACCUGGGACGGGAGCCGGACGUGAAGACGGACGAAGACGCUCUAUUGCAGGAGGUCGGGGAAGGAGGAGCGCAAGAUCCGAACGACGACGAUAUGAUGCCGAUCAUAGAUCGGCCAUCUGUUUCUGAACCAGAAGAGCGUCCUUGGGACGCUCCUGAGGACUUUAUCUGUGUCUACGAGGCGUACUUCCGCGAAGCCGGUAUGACCUUUCUAUUGCCGCGCAUACUAUUUGCCUACUGCAAUCGUCGUGGUUGCGCGGUGUCGCAGUUGCAGUCCGCAACCAUAGUGAAUUUUAUAGGGAUCCUUCAGCUCGGACGCGACAUUCGUACUCAUAUCAACGUCGCCCAGUUUGAGGAACUCUUUAUUAUGAAGGUUUCUACGGCCAAGAGCUGGUUCCUAUCAGCGAACUGCAAUCCGAAGUUUGAUUUGGUCACGAGGAAUAAGGCGAGCAAGUUCGCGGACUGGGACAAAAGUUACUUCUUUGUCCGUGUUGACUCGCAUUCCGCUGAGAAUCCGGAGAGCACGUUCAGGACUGGCUGGAGUGUUGACUUUGAUCGCCACAUUCCAGGAUUCCUUCAACGCUCCCUCACGACCGACCUAACGAAGCGACUAAGCCUUGCCAGACAGCGUCGUUGGCCACGAGCUUACCAGGAGAAGAUUGACCGGAGGAUAAAGAGAGCCCAGGAGAGAGUUAAAACUCAAGCUGAACCCAGCUCUUCGAAGAAAGCUCCACGAAGGAAAAACCCGAAGAAAAGGAGUAAGAAGACUCGGAGGAUGGCGUUUGACAGGUCAGACAUCCCAAUGAUGAACUUUGCAGGCGAUGACGAGGACGACAACGCUCCAAUCGACAUCGUCGGCCUCGAAGGGAACGAGGUCGGUGAUGGUACUCUCGAGCCUCCGCCUGUCGAUCAGGCAGAUGCGGUAAUCCCUGUCACGGACCCCGCAGCGGAGGAGGUGGGGAUUGGCGUUCCCGAAGCGACUCCUCAGCCUCAAAUGGAGGAAGGUGAGAUCGGUGAGAUCGGUGAGCAGAACGAGGACGAGCUCACCAUUGCUGAUCGCGCGCGGAGGAAGAAAGAAAAAUCCUCCAAGAAGUCAUCUAGGAAGAGGGUUGGCGAUCCCGAAGCUGCUGUUAGCGAAGGGACGAUGGUUCUUCACGGUGGAGACAUCGAGGGCUCGCCCGCGGCUACUCAGGAUCCUCCCGAGGGUCAAGCGGUCGAAGCCGGGAACCCGAGGCAGAUUGUUCCGGCUUCCACUCCAAUGCGCGAGACGAAGGACCUCUUCCGUCCCAAGUCCUAUGCCCGGGUCGCGAGAUCCGCCUCUGCUCUCGUCUACGAUACAAAUGAACUCGUUCGGGAGUACGAUUCCGAGGUCGAGAGACUGAGGAAGAUUAAUGCAGAUGUUGCUGUGGAGAGGGCGUCCCUGGAGGGGUCGUACCGGGACAAGAAGGAGCGAUAUGAAGCUUCCGUGCUGGCCUUCACCGAGAAGGAGAAAGAGAACGUAGCUCUGAAGGAGAAGGUCGGGGCUCUAGAGAAGCGGGCUGCCAAGCUGGAGGUUGAUUUGGAUGCUUUAUCCAAAUCCUUCAAAAUGAGCGAGCUCGAGAGGCGAAGGUAUCGGGACGCCGAGUCGAAGGGUCGGAAGAUGAUGGCGGCGCUAAGGAGCAAAUGCGAGGGGAAGCUGGCAAAGAUAAAGGACUUCAUGGACAAGUCCGAGCUGAGAAAGGCGCCGUUCCUCAAGCUCAACUAG